AUGAGUCACCGGCCCGCCUCCCGCCCGCCUCCCCGGCAGCGCCCGCACCGCCACCGCCACCGGGGGAUCCGCAUCCUAUCGCCACCGGUAUCCCGGACAGGGGAUCCGCAUCCUACCGCUACCGGGGGAUCCGCAUCCUACCAGCACCGGGGGCAGGGAACCGCAUCCUACCGGCACCGGUAUCCCGGACAGGGGAUCCGCAUCCUACCGGCACCGGCGGCGGGGACCUGUAUCCUACCGGGACCGGCACUGCGGGUAGGGCAUCCACAUCCUACCGGUACCGCAGGCGGGGACUCGCGUCCUACCGGGACCGGUACCAGGGGCAGGGACCUGCAUCUUACCGGGACCGGCAUUGCUGGUCCACAUCCUACCGGCACCGGCAUCCCGGACAAGGGAUCCGCAUUCUACCGGGACCGGCAUCCCUGGCAGGGCGGGUCCCGCACCCCCCGCACACCGAGACCCGGGCGCCGCACCCGAUCCGCACCGGCAUCAGCGGACCCGCACCGGGACCUGUGCAGCGGAUCCGCGCCCCGCCCGCACCGGUAUCAGCGGACCGGCAUCCCACCCACACCGCGACCCCAGCGCCCGACCGGAACCGCAUCCCGGGCAGAGGAUCCGCACCGGGAUGGGGCAUCCCCUCCGCGGCGCCUUGGGAGCCCCGCCCGGCCGGUACCGGAACCAGGAGCAGGACCCGCCCGGCCGGUACCGGAACCAGGAGCAGGCCCCAGCUGUGCCGCAGCUGCUGUCGGUGCCUCCCCCACCAUUCCCGGAGCCUCUCAGCCCUCCCCGGCAGCCGCCCCGCACCGAGAUCCCCCCUCCGCACCUGCUGCCGGUGCCUUCCCCAUCCAUUCCCGGAACCCCAAAGCCGCCCCAGAGGAUCCGCACCGGGACCGGGACCGCCACCCCAAUGCCCUCCAUCCAUCAGCUGAACCCCUCCGCCAUCCCGGGGGCUCCGCGCUGCCCCCGCUCCCUCCUUUGGGGUGACAAAGGAUGAGGAGCCACGCACGGGAUGCGCUCCAGCCCCCGGGCUCCGCUCGGGAUAACCUCUCCCAUUGCACCCUCCUCUCGCUGGCUUCCGUAGGGAUCCACAGCUGGAGCGGGAAGAGGUUUUGGGGGUGAGGACAGAGCGGGAUUUUCCUGCUGGCAGAGCCCCCGUAGCUGCCGGACGCGGCUUCAUUAUCGGAGGAAAUAACAGCGGCACCGCAGAGUGCCCCGCUCCAGCUGGCCGUGCCUGAAACCAGCCCAACUCACCCUGGAGACCUGGGGAAAAAUAAUUUAAGAAAGGGAACUGGAGGACAAAAACCCCGCCGGGCAUUUGCCCGUGUUGCCAUAAAUAGUGCCAGCCCUGUCAGUGUUAAUGGGACGGGCAUAAUUAAUGCCGCGCUUUGCCGGGCUGAGCUCGGCCUAAUUGCUCGGCCGGAACGAUCUAAUCCGGGCCAGCGGAGCCCCGCAGGCAGGGCCGCAGCAUCCAGCGGGAAAUUACCCCCGGAGCAGCGAUUAGAGGUGUUAAUAACGCGGUUUAAGGGGCCCAGCAGCGGCUCGGGCGGAUUUUAACUCUCGCUGCUUGAAAUGAGUGCGCGGAGUUGGAACAGAACCGGCUCAGCCAAAACCAUCCCGGUUCAGGCCGGGCUGGGCCUUUUCCAGCUGAGGGAUGUGGCAGAAGCAGCGGUGGGGGCUGAAAGCGCCUUUUGCACCCACUCGAGUCUUCUCCAGACUGUGGAGAGCAGGGCAGAGGAGGUUGGGAUAUUUCCAGGUGGGUUUUUCAGGUUGGGAUAUUUCCAGG